CCGCCUUUCCCUCGCAACUUGCAAGUCGCCACAAAAGGUUCACAUUCCCACACUCCCGCCGUCGCUUCCGCCAUAUCAGGUCUUACUUGGCAAGAGCAACCUAUCUAGCUCAGACAUGGCAUACCAACAACCAUAUGGCGCUCCAGCCCAGGGAGGUUACAAGCCCCCACAACAACAACAACAGCAGCAGCAACAAACAUACGGCGCUCCUCAACAGUACGGCGGCGCUGCCCCGCCUCCCCAAUAUGGUCAGCCACAACAACAACAGGCCUAUGGUCAGCCGCAACAACAGGCCUAUGGCCAACCACAACAACCAUAUGGACAGCAGUCUUACGGCGUUUCUCAACAAGCUCCGCCAAGUCAGGUGCCUCCUCCAGGUGCUGACCCUCAGUUAUGGUCAUGGUUCGUGGCGGUAGAUGCGGACCGAUCUGGCGAGUGCAAUCCUCAAGAGAUCCAGCGGGCUCUCAUCAACGGCGAUUGGUCCCCUUUCUCGCUGGAAACGGUGCAAUUGAUGAUGACGCUGUUUGACCGCGACGGCUCAGGCAGCAUCAGUUUCCAGGAGUUUGUGAGUUUGUGGAAAUACAUCGAGGACUGGAAACGCAUCUUCAAACAAUUCGACCGAGAUAACUCCGGCACCAUCAACCGCGCCGAGCUCCGCCAAGCCCUAUCCGCCUUCGGCUUCAACGUCUCCGACCGCGUCGUGGACGUGGUCGUCAAGAAGUUUGCAAAGAAAGGCGCAGUAGAUAUUACUUUCGAUUCGUUCAUCUGUGGAUGUGUUACGGUUAAGAAUUUGUCGGAGGCGUUCCAGAGUUAUGAUCAGGAUCGGGACGGCUGGGUCAACAUGAGCCACGACAUGUUCCUCGAAAUCGUCAUCGGCACAAGAGCGUAAAAAAGGAUCACACUUCGCAAUUCCUCAUAAUCAACGCACCACCCCAAAUCGUCUCGUUACUCGUGCUGUCGACGAUCGACCAUCGGCCUUCUGAUAUACACCAAUAUAUCCCCAUUUUGCAAUAAUGAAACCACUCUGUGAGCCGUUGGCGCUGAUCGUAUACUCACGCACCGAAUACGGAUAAUGAUGCACUCAACGAUCCCCCCCCCCCCGAAAAAAGUCCACAUGUUUACAGCCUCCGUUCUUUG